AGUUCCCAGCGCAGGAACUUCGCCUUUCGCAGGAAAUCCGCGUCCCCUCUUUCCUCCCUCCGUACCCCACGUCACGCGCUCCUUCUCCUUCUCUCUCUCUCUCUCUCUCUCUCUCCAUACGAAAACCCUAGCUCUCCAUCCAGCUUACAUGCCGUAGAUCUCUGUCUGGAGCGCCUCUUAAGCAAGGCGUCGAAGCUCACCUCCCCGCUUCUUGUUCAGAGUCAUGCCACUAUAUCAUGCCUCUCAGAGUUGCUAUGUUCGGCUUGGAUGGGAAGUCUCUGAGAUGUCAACUACCAUAAAUUUAAGUCACCCUUGUAUUCAAAAUGGUUGGUGCUAAUGAUAAUGAUCAGGGUAGUUCACAGACAUCCUCCAAGCGGAUGAGAAGAAAAUCUGUAGUUUGGGAACACUUCACUGUGGAAUCACUGGGUGGUGGGUGCACCAGGGCAUGCUGCAAACGUUGCAAACAAACCUUUGCAUACAGUUCUGGUUCCAAGUUUGCAGGUACGAGCCACCUCAAACGGCAUUUGGCCUUGGGAAUCUGCCCCAAAAAUCGGCAUAAAGAGAAAAACCAACUGACACCUUAUACUCCACCCGCUAAAAAUGGUGGCAGUGUUUCCGAUCCACCGAAAAGACGCUAUAAAGGGAGCCCCAGUGUGGUGAGUGAGUUUGACCAGGAUCGUAGCCGCCAAGAUAUUGCAAAAAUGAUCAUUGUGCAUGAGUACCCUCUCCACAUUGUUGAGCAUUCCGGUUUCAUUACUUUUGUCCAGAAUCUUCAACCUCAGUUCAAGAUGGUAACCUUUAGCACCGUUGAAGCUGAUUGUUUGGCCAUUUACCAGAAGGAGAAGCAAAAUCUGAUGCAGCUCAUGGGGACGAUCCCUGGACGGAUUAGCCUCACUUUGGACUUGUGGACAUCUAGCCAGACUCUAGGAUACAUGUGUGUUACAGGGCAGUUUAUUGACAGUGAUUGGAGGUUACAUCGACGAAUUCUCAAUUUCAUGGUGGUAUCCUCUCAAACUGGGAAUAUACUUACUGAUGCGAUUGGAACUUGCCUUUCAAAUUGGAAUAUGGAGAACAAGUUAUUCUCCAUCACUUUAGAUAAUGGUUCUUCGAAUGAUGGCAUCAGUUCCAAUCUCAGAGACUACCUCUCCAACAAGAACGCGCUCGUGCUCAAUGGUCAGUUAUUUGUGGCGAGUUUUGCCCACAUUUUAAAUCUGGUUGUGAAGGAUGGACUAGGGGCAAUUCAUGAUAUUGUGUACAAAAUCCGCGAGAGCAUAAAGUAUGUGAAAACAUCACCGGCCCAUGAGGAGAAGUUUGCCGAGGUUGUCAAACAAUUUCAAAUCCCGAGCAUGAGGAGCCCAUCCCUCGAUGUUCAGACACAAUGGAACACAACAUUUCUCAUGCUGCUGGCUGCAUUAGAACACAAGCAAGCAUUUGUUUACCUGGAGACAUGCGAUUCGAACUACAUGCAAGCACCGACGGUGGAUGAAUGGAAGAAGGUUGAAACCCUUUGCAAAUACUUGAAAGUUUUGUAUGAUGCUGCAAAUGUCUUCACGGGAAUGCCUAACCCAACUGCCAAUAUCUACUUCCAUGAAGUAUGGAAGAUCAAAUUAGAGCUGAGCCAUGCGACAACAAGUGAGGAUCCUUUCACUCGUUCCGUUGUUGGGCUAAUGCAUGAAAAGUUUGAUGGUUAUUGGAAAGACUGCUGCCUCAUCUUAGCAAUUGCUGUUAUCAUGGAUCCACGCUUCAAGAUGAAACUUGUUGAGUUUAGCUACACGAAAAUAUAUGGUGAAAAUGCAGGCACAUGUAUCAAGACCGUAAAUGAUGGAAUUCAUGAUCUAUAUCUUGAAUACAUUGCGCAGCCACUCCCACUGACACCUGCUUACAUUGAGCAAGGACCAGCGCCCAACAAUGGUGGGAUGGAAGGAGGAACUCUUCUUACCAGUGGUGAUGGGCUUCUAGACUUUGACGUGUUCAUAUCUGAAAUGUCUAGCAACCAGCAGACAAAGUCAGAGCUUGAUCAGUAUCUUGAAGAAUCUCUCUUGCCAAGGAUCCAAGAAUUCGACAUCUUGGAAUGGUGGAAGCUGAACAAACUCAAGUACCCAACGCUGUCAAAGAUGGCUCGUGAUGUCUUGGCCAUUUCAAUGUCGACUGUAAGUUCUGAGUUCAUAUUCAGCACUGAAAGCCGAGUGCUUGAUGACUAUCGCAGUACAUUGCGGCCAGAGACGUUGCAGGCCGUUGUUUGUGCGAAGGACUGGCUCCAGCAGCAAAAUGAACUAGUGGAGCCAAGUGCCAUUGUCAAAAUGGAAUUCUGAAACUUGCAGUUGUGAUCACUAGAUGCUUCAGUUGUGUUUUUUUUUUUUUUUAAAAAAAAGAUAACCACUAGAUGUUUCAGUUGCCACCGUGAUGAUAGUUAUUUGGGGCGAUGACAGGCUUCCCAUCAUGUUUCGGUCUUUUAGUUGUAUUAGUUUCUUACCUACUUAGUACAGAUGACUUCCUGGUACUA